AUUUAAAAAAUUGAAAACAAAAUUUGAUGUAUAUUUACAUUUCUUUUGAAAUUUUCGAUAAACACGAAAUACUGUGUCAUAAUGCACAAAUCAGAUUCAUGCCAACAAACUGAUGGUGUCCAAGAUGUCUUUCCGUGUUUUGUCGUAUCUGGGUCCAUCACGGUCUUUUCCCAAACAAACCUCGACGAAACCGAGGUCCUUCAGAUCGAGAACUCUAUUCGCCAAACUUUCACAAACGGAGAUCUUGUCGAUGCUGACAACCGGAUGCUUGAUAUUUCUUGGUCCGGAUUAGAUGACGCACGAAACGACAAUGCCGUCCCAACCAUGUCCCCUUUGUUUCCGCAACCCACCGACUCUCCGGCGGAAACAGAUCAGAAGAAAGGAUUGCUAGGAUUAGGACUCCAAUGGUGGGCUUUUGCACUGAUAGGGGUCGGUGUCCUUCUCGUUUUGCUUAUCAUCUGGGUGUGCUUUCGUCGGAGACGGCGACCAUCGGGUGCGAGUGUGAGACCGACGGGUGCGAGUGCGAGUGCGAGUGCGAGUGCGAGCCCUUCCAAUUCCGUUUCUCCUGUUGAUUUAUUCCGGAAGAAACCUAGUACUGCCAAUGUGUAUCAAGAGAGCGAAGGCAGCAACAGCAAUCGCAGUAGCAAUCGCAGUGAGGGAAUCAGCAACAAGGAUGAAAGUAGCAGGAGUAGUAGCGGGGGGAGAUCAUUCGGACACGGUUACGAAUAUCAGCAUGGGGUCGAGGUGGGUGGUAGCACAGACGACGAAGAAGAAUACUUUCACCCCUCCAAMGAUCAGAUCAGCGAGGCACUCAUGCCUGAUCUAGAUGAACCUAUCGAAGAAGAACGACCGGAAGAUCUCUCGUCACGAGACCAACGUAAUCAGUUUGGACAUAACCAACAGUACCCAUACUCCAACGUUACCUUUGGUAAUGCUGUUGGGAUGGAAGAUACGGCCCCAUCCUCUGGAGAUAUGACGCUAAUUUCGAAAUCAGGUGGAUCUCUCACCGCUGGUGAUGCUUCAAGAAGUCCUUCGAGGAGUACCAAGUAUUCGAGUAGCGGCGGAACUUCCCAGUCCGGAGCUGCUGUCAAUAAACAAGGCGUGGACGACUACGAGGAUGACUAUGAAUACGAGCCGGUGUCUUACUAUACCAAUGCCACAACUCAAUACAACUCUAAUCGACAGACUUUGGCUGAUGAUUCGGAAUAUGAAGAAGUCGAAGAGGAAUACGAAAUUGAAUACACGUCCCACUCAGACAAACAUCUCAGCGUUCAUGACGGUGAGCGCGGACUUGGAGUCUUUGAGGAACAAUCUACCUACGACGAAGGGGACGAGGAAAAUAUACAGCGCUACAACACCAAGGCAAGCAGUAAGAGCAGCAAGAGCAGCAAAAGCAGUGUCGGUAGCAACACCCCUCUGCCAUUCCUGGCGCACAAUGCCCAGAUGCAACAAGGGCAUAAGAAUUCCUUUGAAACACUGCGGAGAAAAUGGGAGACUAGCAAAAGCAGUAGCAACAGCAAUAGCAACAACACUUCAUAGUAAGAGGUCUGCAACAUCAAUGUUACAGUACUUAAUCAAUCGGAACGAGCGCGUCAGUUUCGUAGGGGUUAUCGGGAUAUAGGGUCAAAGCGAUGAUUGGACGGAUUUUGUCCAAACAUACAAUAAAUGUGUGGCAAAGAAUGGGAAUGGUUUUACGUGUCAUGAUUAAAUUAAUUGUAAUACU